AUGUGGAUCGAAAGAACAAAAUGGAUGUUAGCUAACAUCGGAUGGCCGAUUGCAUUCACUUUUUGGUAUCAAAUAAUGGUUGUACUGUAUGCUGCAAACGGAGAAAUCACUCAAUUAGCUCUUUAUUAUUUUCAAUUUCUCUGGAUUAUCAUCGUCUGUUCUUACUUUUCUGCAUCUUUCACACCACCAUCAAAGUGUCAAAUCGAAGAUGAUAAGAAUUCAACAGCCAAUUUCUGUGAACUGUGUAACUACAGUAAGCCGCCACGUUGGCAUCACUGUCGUCGAUGCAAUCAAUGUGUUCAUCGAAUGGAUCAUCAUUGUCCGAUUCUACAAAUGAUAAGAAGUGUCUACACUGGCGAGAUUUUGAGUACUACCGACCAGUUGAGAGGAACUGGCGUUUCGAAUGCACUGAUGGUAGGAUUCGCUGCGAUUUAUCUGCUCAAAAAUCAGCUUCCAAAUCUUUUCCGAAAUCAGACUCUUAUUGAAGAAUCCCGAGAAACUACGAUUUAUGAUCUUGGUUCAUGGCAAGAAAAUGUGAAAUCCUUAAUGGGUCCGUGGAGAAUUGCUUGGCUUCCUGUCCCGAUAGACGAAAGAAACGAGAAAAAGCAAAAAUGA